CCCAGCCUCCUGGAUCUGGCAUUCCGCAGAAGCUGGGACCCUGCUGGGAAGGACCCAAGGGAUGGAUGGAGGCAGCCGGGUUCCUAGCCGGCUGCCUGGGGGAGAAAGCAGCCCAGCCUGCCCCACCUGCUAGGCAAUGGGGAAGGCAGGCAGCCGGGGACUGAUUGCUUGCAGCGGGUAACGUGCACAUCCCCGGGAAGCUGCAAAGGUGAUGGGAGGCUGGUGCCUGCAGUGACCUGGCAGCCCCUUCAUUGCGCCGGCCUCUCUCCGGGUGCACGCUCAGCCCGGGCCCCGGCGUCUGGCGCUCCCUCCCUCCCCGAGCCGCGGCCACCGGCGGCAGGAGACCUCGCCUCUUUGUCUGCAAAGGCGAAGGUGAGGGCGUCUGCACGGAGACGCGCCGCCACAUGCCGGCGGCGCGGGGCGCUAGAUCCGUCGCCUCUGCAAGGAGCGGGAGCAGGGCCGAGCCCGUAACGCGCUAAGAGCGCCGCCAUGGCUGAGAAGGGGAUCGACCCGACCUGCGUCUCCAUCGCCUUGGAGGACUCCGUUUGCAAUGCUGGCUCCCAGGACGCACCUCUCCUGAAGAAGGUGGAGAAUCACAUCACAGAGGCGCAGCGGUUCUCGCACCUGCCCAAGCGUUCCGCCGUGGACAUCGAGUUCGUUGACCUGUCCUACUCCGUCCGUGAGGGAUCCUGGUGGAAAAAGAGAGGGUACAAGACCCUCCUGAAAUGCCUGUCCGGGAAAUUCUGCCGGCGUGAGCUCAUCGGGAUAAUGGGCCCCUCAGGCGCUGGGAAAUCCACGCUCAUGAACAUCCUGGCUGGUUACAGGGAGACGGGGAUGAAGGGCCAGAUCCUGGUGAACGGCCGGCUGCGGGACCUGCGCACCUUCCGCAAGAUGUCUUGCUACAUUAUGCAGGACGACAUGCUGCUGCCGCACCUGACCGUGCUGGAGGCCAUGAUGGUCUCUGCUAACCUGAAGCUGAAUGAGAAGCAGGAGGUGAAGAAGGAGCUGGUGCAGGAGAUCCUGACGGCGCUGGGGCUGCUGGAGUGCUCCUACACCCGCACCAUGUCGCUGUCCGGGGGGCAGCGCAAGCGCCUCGCCAUCGCCCUGGAGCUGGUCAACAACCCUCCCGUCAUGUUCUUCGAUGAGCCAACCAGUGGCCUGGACAGCGCCUCCUGCUUCCAAGUCGUCUCUCUGAUGAGGUCCCUGGCCCAGGGAGGCCGCACUAUCAUCUGCACCAUUCAUCAGCCCAGCGCCAAGCUCUUUGAAAUGUUCGACAAGCUGUACAUCCUGAGCCAGGGCCAGUGCAUCUUCAAAGGAGUGGUGCCCAACCUCAUCCCCUACCUGAAAGGGCUGGGCCUGCAUUGCCCCACCUAUCACAACCCGGCUGACUUCAUUAUCGAAGUGGCCUCAGGCGAGUAUGGAGACCUCAACCCGUUGCUGUUCCGGGCCGUCCAGAACGGGCUGUGCACCAUGGCCGAGAAGAAGAGCAGCCCGGAGAAGACGGACUCCUCCUGCCCAGUCCCCUGCGUGACGGACGUGGAUCAUAUUGAGAGCCACACGUUUGCCACCAGCACCAUGACCCAGUUCUGCAUCCUCUUCAAGAGAACAUUUCUGUCCAUCAUGAGAGACACGGUCCUGACCCACCUGCGGUUCAUGUCCCACAUCUGCAUCGGGGUGCUCAUCGGGCUGCUCUACCUGCACAUCGGCAACGACGCCGGCAAGGUCUUCAACAACACCGGCUUCCUCUUCUUCUCCAUGCUCUUCCUCAUGUUCGCCGCCCUGAUGCCCACGGUCCUCACAUUCCCUCUGGAGAUGUCUGUGUUCCUGAGAGAGCACCUGAACUACUGGUACAGCCUAAAGGCCUAUUACCUGGCCAAGACCAUGGCCGACGUGCCCUUCCAGGUGAUCUGCCCCAUAGCCUACUGCAGCAUCGUAUACUGGAUGACAGGCCAACCCCCGGAGGCCACACGCUUCCUCCUCUUCUCCGCCCUCGCCACCUCCACCGCCCUGGUGGCACAGUCCCUGGGGCUUCUGAUCGGAGCAGCCUCCACUUCCUUGCAGGUGGCCACGUUCGUGGGACCGGUCACUGCUAUCCCCGUCCUGCUCUUCUCAGGCUUCUUCGUCAGCUUCAAGACCAUCCCCACAUACCUACAGUGGACCUCGUAUGUCUCCUACGUCAGGUAUGGCUUCGAGGGCGUCAUCCUCACCAUCUACGCCAUGGAGCGUGAGGACCUGGAGUGCCGGGAGACUCCCUGCCCCUUCCAGAAUCCCAGCAGGAUCCUCCAGGAGCUGGACGUGGAAGAGGCCAAACUCUACCUGGACUUCAUCAUCCUGGGCAUCUUCUUCCUCGUUCUGCGGCUCCUGGCCUACCUGGUCCUCAGGUACAAGGUGAAGUCUGAGAGAUAAGGGGGCCAUUGGGGCCCGAUGCCUUUCCCAGACCUGAUCUGCCACAGCAUGGACAUUCCCAAAGGGACUCUCGGUCUCUGUGGAUGUGGGACCACAGGGGAGGCAUCGGGGAGGUGGCGGCCAGUCCUGGCUCAGUCGAGAAGGUUUUUUGGGACAUCUCGGAACUGUUUUAACCUUUCCACACUCUUCAUCGCAAAUGUUUUGUACCGCCCUGGAAUGCCUCAUUCUCUCCCCUGGAGCCACGUCAUCAGAUGGAUCUUGGAUUCCUUCCUCCACCCUGUGCCCCAAACCACCACCUCAGGACACCGAUGGAGGCAGUUGUCUUCCAAGCCAGAGAAAGAGAGAGCAGCCUACCAAGGCUUUGCUGUUUGGGGGAGGGGGUUGAACCCAGUUUACCUCCCACAAAGCACAGUUUUGUAGCGCAGUGUGUAGUGCAGUUUUUUAACUUGCCUGCGAGUCAAUGUCCAGUAGCAUGUGCAUCCAUAUUCAGAAGAAAUCAGAAGACAACAAUAAGCUAUGUGACAGAAGGCUUUCGUGUUUACCUUAGCCAUAGCAACAGCCAAUGCCAUAGCCCCUGUCUUUUUUGUAAACUUCCCUUUUUCUUAAGGAAAAAACAAAACAAAACGACAACUCAGCUGCACUUAGUGCAGGAACAAGUACUGCAGCUCUGGAAGGAUGCAGGUAGAUCAGGCCUCUGCAUUUAGGAUUUGGCAGGAUGUAAUAUUGGUAGAAACAUUUCACUGACAUUUUUUUUUAAUGUUUUUUUCGGGAGGUGGGAGAGUUCCCAGCCCUGCUGGGUUUGCCGCCAGGGCUCUUCCUUGUUGGACUACUGCAUGAGACCCAGGGAAUGAUGACGCAGACCGGGGUAGCCAUGAGUUGAAAGGGACCAGUUUCAUAGAAUCAUAGAAUGUCAGGGUUGGA